CUUUCAAAGGAAAUUAAACUUAAUUUCCUGGCACCUUUUCGAAAGUUCUGCUUUUACCCAGAGGGCAUAAGAAGCAAGCCAUCUUUAAUCCACCAACUCCAGCAAACCCCAAAAUGGCUUUGCAACAGCCCAUCUUAAAUCCGUGUGUUCCCUUUUGCAGCUCUAUUUUUGGAGGUCUCAGCGAAGGAAAAAUGAUUGUGGUUCAAGGUUGCGUCUUGUUCUCUGCAAAAAGAUUCUCCGUGAACCUGGUCUGCGCGAAUGGAGAUAUCGCCUUCCAUUUCAACCCACGAUUUGAUGAGGGCAAUGUCAUUGUCUGCAACACGCAAGAAAAAGGCUGCUGGGGACCUGAGGAACGGACUUCCAAAAUGCUCUUCCAGCCAGGGGUCUCUUUUGAAGUGAUCAUCAACAUCAGGAGCUGUGGUUACCAAGUUUCCGUCAAUAGCAGCCAGUUCAUAGAUUACCGACACCGCCUUCCCGUGCAUCUGGUCCAGACUUUGCAGAUCAAAGGGGAUGUCUCCUUGAGUUGCAUCAAUUUCACAGGCGGAUUGGUUCCACCUCCUUAUGCACCUCCACCUUACAAUCCCAACCCACCUAUGAAUAACGUCGGUGGAAUGACGGUGUACAAUCCGACCACCCCAUUUUGUGGAUCUCUUCUGGGGCGUUUCUUUCCCUCCUGCAAGAUCACAAUUAUAGGGACCAUUCCUUAUUCAGCAGACAGAUUUCACGUGAACCUGAAAAACAUCCUGAUGGGCAACAUCGCCCUGCACGUCAACCCCCGGUUCAAAGAGGGAGCCCUGGUCCGGAAUUCGUUCAUCAACGGCUAUUGGGGAAGCGAAGAGAGAAAUAUUGCCUUCCUGCCAUUCUGCCUUGGACAGACCUUUCAGCUGGAGAUCAUCUAUCUGCAGAACUGCUACGAGGUGAUGGUGAACGGGCAGCUGAAAUUUGAAUACUAUCAUCGGAUCCCUGCCUCUCAAGUGGAUCAACUGGAAAUAGCCGGAGACGUGAAGCUUUCCUGCGUGCAGUACUGAUCACCCUCUGUGAACUGUCGUGUCCUGUUUCGGCUCUGGGUUUUGGUGGAGAGAGAGAGAGCAAGAUCCCCCAGGUUGCCGUUCCCAUGUCCCUCUUCCAGACCAAUGUGCCUGCUCAGGUUUCCAUCAUGCUUGCAAAAUAAAAUCCCUCCCCCAUCAAUUAAAAGAAGCCUGGAGUAUGUGGUCCCCAUA